UCUCUUGCAGACGGCAGGAAGUGGAGGACCAAGUUUGUGAAGAUGUCUGAACUCUGCGAGCUGAGAUCGCAGGUGAUGCGGCGACAAACUGCAGCCGCCGAGGAGACACUGGCUCUGCCAGAGGAGACGCUGGCCGAGUACAAGCUGCAAAGCUCUCGCCUGAAACUGAAAGUGGAGAGGCAGCAGAGGCUCCUGGACGCCAUCUUGCUGCCGGAGGUGCGACUGCACAGAGAGUGUAAAGAAGAGGUUCCCCCUGAGCAGCUUCAGCGGACCCCCACUCUGGAGUUUGAGUCCCCACAUAUUAAGGAGGAACAGGAGGAACUCUGGACCAAUCAGCAGGGAGAGCAGCUUCAGGAUAUCACCAAGCUGCUGUUCAGUGCUGUCACUGUGAAGAGUGAGGAUGAUGAAGAGGAGGCUGAGUGGAACAGAGACGCCCACAACUUCACUGGACAGAUGGAAGCAGAAGAUGGUGAAGAGGAACGAGCCAGGAACCCAGAACCCUCCUCUGAGGCUUACACUGAUGACAGUGAUGACUGGGAUGAGACCAGAGAAGCUCAGUCAGGUUCAAACCCACUGAGUGAAGUCCGUCUCAGUCAUGACAGUCCUGAUGUGGGAGAAAAACCAGCUUCCUGCUCCAAGACCAAGAAAACAGCAAAGAGUACAUUCCCCUGCUCACUCUGUGGUAGAGGUUUUACACAUAAAGGACACUUCAAGCUACACAUGAGAAACCACACUGGAGAGAAGCCGUUCCCCUGCUCACUCUGUGGUAAAGGGUUUGCACAAAAAGGACACCUCAAGCAACACAUGAGAAUCCACACUGGAGAGAAACCAUUCCCCUGCUCACUCUGUGGUAAACAGUAUUCCGAUAAAGGAAAACUCAAGAGACACAUGAAAAGCCACACUGGAGAGAAACCGUUCCCCUGCUCACUCUGUGGUAAAAGGUUUACCGAGAAAACAACACUCAACAGACACAUGAAAAUCCACACUGGAGAGAAACCGUUCCCCUGCUCACUCUGUGGUAAACAGUUUACCGAGAAAACAAAACUCAACAGACACAUGAGAAUCCACACUGGAGAGAAACCGUUCCCCUGCUCACUCUGUGGUAAAGGGUUUACUGAGAAAGGACACCUCAAGCUACACAUGAGAAUCCACACUGGAGAGAAACCAUUCGUCUGUUCACUCUGUGGUACAGCGUUUGCAGAUAAAGGAAACCUCGAGGUGCACAUGAGAAACCACACUGGAGAGAGACCGUUUCCCUGCUCACUCUGUGGUAAAGGGUUUGCACAAAAAGGAAACCUCGACCUACACAUGAGAAUCCACACUGGAGAGAAACCAUUCGUCUGUUCACUCUGUGGUACAGCAUUUGCAUUUAAAGGAACCCUCGAGGUACACAUGAAAAUCCACACUGGAGAGAAACCGUUCCUCUGCUCAGUCUGUGGUAAAGGGUUUGCCAGGAAAAGAAUACUCAACACACAUAUGAGAAACCACACUGGAGAGAAACCAUUCGUCUGCUCACUUUGUAGUACAGCGUUUGCGCAGAAAGGAACCCUCACGGCACACAUGAGAACCCACACUGGAGAGAAACCUUUCCCUUGCUCACACUGUGGUAAAGGGUUUGCACAAAAAGGAUCCCUCAACAAUCACAUGAGAAUCCACACUGGAGAGAAACCAUUCGUCUGCUCACUCUGUGGUAAAGGGUUUACUGAGAAAGGAGACCUCAACAGACACUUGAGAACCCACACUGGAGAGAAACCGUUCCCCUGCUCACUCUGUGGUAAAGGGUUUACCAGGAAAAGAAUACUCAACAUACACAUGAGAAUCCACAGUGGAGAGAAACCAUUCCCCUGCUCACUCUGUGGUAAAGGGUUUACCGAGAAAACAACACUCAACAGACACAUGAGAAUCCACACUGGAGAGAAACCAUUCCCCUGCUCACUCUGUGGUACAGCGUUUGCAGAGAAAGGAAACCUCGAGGUACACAUGAGAAACCACACUGGAGAGAAACCGUUCCCCUGCUCAGUCUGUGGUAAAGGGUUUGCACAGAAAGGAAACCUCGAGGUACACAUGAGAAACCACACUGGAGAGAAACCGUUCCCCUGCUCAGUCUGUGGUAAAGGGUUUGCAGAGAAGGGAUCCCUCAACAAACACAUGAGAAUCCACACUGGAGAGAAACCAUUCGUCUGCUCACUCUGUGGUAAAGGGUUUGCACGUAAAGGACACCUCAAGCUACACAUGAGAAUCCACACUGGAGAGAAACCGUUCGUCUGCUCACUCUGUGGUAAAGAGUUUUCACAGAAAGGACACCUCAAGCUACACAUGAGAAUCCACACUGGAGAGAAACCGUUUGUCUGCUUACUCUGUGGUAAAGGGUUUACUGAUAAAGGACACCUAAAGCUACACAUGAGAAUCCACACUGGAGAGAAACCGUUCCCCUGCUCACUCUGUGGUAAAGGGUUUACUGAUAAAGGAAACCUCAAGCUACACAUGAGAAUCCACACUGGAGAGAAACCGUUCGUCUGCUCACUGUGUGGUAAAGGGUUUACUGAUAAAGGACACCUCAAGCUACACAUGAGAAUCCACACUGGAGAGAAACCAUUCCCCUGCUCACUCUGUGGUAAAGGGUUUGCACAGAAAGGAACCCUCAAGCUACACAUGAGAAUCCACACUGGAGAGAAACCGUUCGUCUGCUCACUCUGUGGUAAAGGGUUUGCACAUAAAGGAAACUUAAACAAACACAUGAGAACCCACACUUGAGAGAACCUGUAGAAACGCAGUCCUGUGUGUGUGUGUGUGUGUGUGUGUGUGUGUGUGUGUGUGGGAGAAGCUUCAUCGAGCAUCAUACAGAUGUAAGCAAACACGAGUGUGUCAGUGAGAGCAGCAGCAGGAGAUGCUUCAGAGUCAAUGCUGAUGUUAGAGAUGCAGCACAUCCCAACACAUUUUGUUACAUAUGUUGU